GAACAGCUGUCCACGUGGUUACCCCGGAGCUGAAUACAAUCGUUAGCAGAUCGCUCAGCAGGUGAGGGGAAUAAUAACAGACGGUGCAGCUGCUCUUUAAAAAAUCAAUCAAGAUGAGUCUAAGGAAACAAACUCCCAGUGACUUUCUGAAGCAGAUAAUUGGUCGACCUGUGGUGGUGAAACUGAACUCUGGCGUCGAUUACAGAGGUGUCCUGGCCUGUCUGGAUGGUUACAUGAACAUCGCCAUAGAGCAGACAGAAGAGUAUGUCAAUGGACAGCUCAAGAACAAGUAUGGGGAUGCCUUUCUGAGAGGAAAUAAUGUUCUGUACAUCAGUACCCAGAAGAGGAAGGUCUAAUGGAGAUCAUGUUUUUAUCUUCCUUUUUUUUUUUUUUUUUUUUAAAUAACAUGUUAAAGUUUGUUUUUUUUUCUUUGUAAAACCUGAAGUUCUGAGGAUUAUUUGUUUUGUAAAAGUAAAUGACUGAAUACAUUUUUUGUUUGGAUUUACACCGUCUUUGGCGAUCAUCUUUGAUAUAACAAGGAAUAUAAUUGCAGUUGUACACUGGCUACUUUGUUUAAAGUCCAGUUUAUCCUCAGCCAGAAAAAUUGAACAGAAUGUAUCCUAAAUUGGCUUUAACUGUAGUGACAGAAGAAAUAUUGAUAAAGUUCUUUUGAUUAAAUGUACUGUCCAUCAGGGCUCCCAUGUGCUGGCGGGCUUGUGUAAAGACAAGGCUGUUUUGUUUUUUUCCCUCCUUUUUCUUUCGCUUCAUGGCUUACUCAGUUUAUCCCAGGAGGAAGUUCAGACAUCCAGAUCUGAAGCUUUGGGCUUUGUAAAGAUUAAAACAAAAUAUUGUACAUUGUCA